CCUUUCCUCAAAUUCUGACAUGCCUUCGAAAAGAAAGUCCGUCUUCUCACCAUUAUACGAUAGGGAUGGCAAGAAGCUCAAGCAUAACGCAUUCCAAUGUGCCUCGACUCAAACCUCCUCUCAUGGAGUACAUCAAGAUGAAGCACUUUCCGUUCUGAGGAAUAUGGUUCGCAAUAUUAUUGACAAUCGCAGGACGACAAUACUUAAGGAUAGUCAAACAUCUUCGCAUAUUAUGCGGCUUUUGACCGAGUUGGACGUUGCUCUAUGUCGCGCAGGAGUCCAUGUCCCGUCUUUUCCCACUGCAGGAAAUCAGAAGCCCCGGAUCGCCGGGGGCACUCAACAGUCUCAGCUUCCUGAUUUACCUCCAAUCUCGGAUGACAGCCUUAGAAGUGCAGUUUUUACGCAUCCAGGCAUGAAUAAUGACCUCAGAGCCACAUAUGAUCGACUCGAAGUUCUAGGAGACGCCUACAUAGAAGUCAUAUCCACUAGGCUCAUUUGGGAUAGGUUUCAGGAUAUAUCCUCUGGUCGGAUAUCGCAAAUUCGCGAGAUACUUGUAAAGAAUGAGACUCUAGCCGAAUUUGCAACUAGGUAUGAGAUGGACAACAAAGCUUCAGUGCCGUCGCAGUACGCAGAUCAACCAAAAAGAUGGACAAAAACACAGGCGGAUAUCUUUGAGGCAUAUGUUGCGGGGCUGAUCCUAUCUGAUCCUGUCGAUGGUUACGCUACAGCCGAACAAUGGUUGACGAAAUUGUGGAUGCCGAUGCUUGAUCGACUUGGUGACCAGAAGUCUACUUUGGAUGCCAAGGAAGCGCUUGCCAAAAAGAUCAUGGGGAAGGGUGUCAAGCUUCACUAUACCGAUGAACGCCCUCCAUCGCGACAAGGAAAGGGGGCGCAAACAUUUUAUGUUGGGGUAUAUCUCACUGGCUGGGGUUGGACCAACAAGCAUCUCGGUUCUGGCCAGGGUACUAACAAAGCCAUUGCGGGGGAUGAGGCGGCUCGACAGGCCUUACGUAAUGCCUCACUGAUUGAUAAAAUCGUGGAUAUGAAGAAAGCAGAUGCGCUUCCCAGACCUUGAGAAACCAUUUGACCUCAAUCAUUACAGUUCAAUCUCUCCCGGUCUUUCUGCUCGGUCCUAGAUGAGACCGCGGAGCACCGUACCUCAUCUCGUUACACCUAACUGAAAGAUGUUGUUGUCAUAUAGGUCUCCAAUGAGAGUACUAUCAAACAUUUUGUUGGUCAUACAAUAGCAUACUUGCAGGAUACCCAGCGAUGUAUCUAGGGUCAAUCAUCUCUGAGAGCAUGCUGUAGAGUACCAAACACAUAUCGCUCAACUUUUGCGUGAUUCAUACUUUUCUGAAUUUGGGGUAAUUGCUAGGAAAUUACAAGCGAAAAUAAAUGUU